UUCUACCCACCAAAUUAUUGCUAAUGUUAGGAGGGACCAACUUAUAAAUGUAGGAGGCUUUUGCUUCUUCUUCUUUUAAAACUUAUUAAAAUUUUCCCGGAGCAAUUAAAAAAUAUCUGUCAAAUUUCUCUUCAAUUCGGUCUAACAAUGGCCAAACACUCCCCAACGGCAUUUUGUGCUCUGAUUUGUCUUAUCCUUGCAACAGGUGCUUUGUCAUGCGAGCUAUUUCGUAGUCCUUUGACGUCGUUGCAGGCGGGAAGAACUAACUAUUCGUCACACCUUUACCUUUCUCUCUCUCUGCACGCAUACAGUGCUCUGUUGCGGGUCGGGAAUCCGCCAUGGACGACACCGGAGGAUCGCGAGAGCAGCCGUGUCCCAAGCUCCUAAUUGCGUACACUGAAAGCUCCGGCGGAGACACUAGCGGCGAUGAACAGAGGGAUGCGAGGACGACUCCGGCCGGGACCUCAGAGGAAGAAGAAGCUGAAGUGGGAGGUUCUGACUCGGAAGAAACCCUAGAUGUGGCCGGCUCUUCUUCCGUACAGUUGUAUAAUGGUACCGGCCAGCCGGAUUCCUUUGACAAUUCAUCUCCGCUAUUGCUCUCAGAAGUUCCUAUUCAGUAUAGCUUUCACCCACCUGGCUUAUUGAAGGAAAUUAAGGAAGCUUCAACUGUUCAGUCCAAGUUGGAACUAUCUCCGACUUCAGUCACGCAGUCUAUUUUGUCCAUCCCCAGCCCAACUCUGGGAGAGCAAAGAUUAUUAUGUCCACGAGAGAACAUGACUGACAAGUGCAUGCAGGAAGUAGAAGAUAACCAGAAGUCUUCCUGUCCUAAGUUGUUUUAUUCGGUGCCUGUCUUGAAAAUUCCACCUCCUGAUGGGUACAUGUACAAUUGGAGGAAAUAUGGUCAAAAGCAAGUGAAGAGUCCUCAUCAAGGUUCCCGGAGCUAUUACAGAUGCACAUAUUCGGAUUGCCAUGCAAAAAAGAUUGAGUACUCUGAUCACAUGCACCGUGUUACAGAGACAGUUUAUAGAAAUACUCACAAUCAUGAGCCGCCACAGAAAGUAAAUAUUCCAAGAGAAACUAAGCAUACACUCUCACCCUCGCUUCCUAGUCACGAUAGUAAAAUAGCUCAUUUGAAUAGUAGUUCUGAUGCGGCAGUGCUAUCAAUCCUAUCAUCAACCGGAAAGAAGCAUGUACAAGAACCAAAACCAAUAUCACAGCUUAGGGAGCACGAACCAACUAGAUUGAAUGACAAUCCUGCAACUAAUGUUAAAGGGGAGGAUGGUGAUGGACUAGCACAGAAUAAAAGAUUGAGGGAAAAAAAUUCACCAAAGUGCUCCGAGUUUCUUCCUAAUCCUGACAAGAAAGCAAAAAUGGUUGUUCAUGUGUCUCGUGAUGUGGGAAUCUCAAGUGAUGGAUAUAAGUGGCGCAAGUAUGGCCAGAAAAUGGUCAAGGGGAAUCCUCAUCCCAGGAACUACUACCGGUGCACAUCAGCUGGAUGUCCAGUUCGGAAGCACAUGGAGAGGGCAGUAGGCAACUCGAGUGUCGUCAUAAUAACCUACAAGGACGUGCACGAUCACGAAAUGCCCAUGCCCAAGAAACCGUAUGACCCACCUACUGCUCUCCCCUUAGUUCCCACCACCGCCCAGUGGCCAGUGGAAAAAGACAGCGCCGCGUUGACAGGUGAGAAAUCGGAGCAGGAAGGAGAGCCAAACGCGAACUCGGGUAAAAGUCUAUUGAGCAUUGGAUUUGAAAUAAAACCUUGUUGAGAUCCCUCUUUUUUGGGGAUGACUAUUUCAGCUGUAGAAAUGGCAUUGUGUUAGCUGUAUGUAUGCGUAUUGAUUGUUGGCCGUUUGGUCUGUACACCUUCCAUUUAAAUAAAAAUCAGUUGCAGGGGGGGACAAAGGGUAUGACUUUAUUUUAUUUGUCUUUUUGAUCUCUGUAAAUUGUUGGGGUGCAUCAAGUUUGUCAUUUUUAUCGAUCACCCUCAUUUAGGAUAGUGAAUAAGGACUUUGACUUUCU